AAAUCAAUUUAAAACAAAGAAGGAAGAGAAAUAGAGAGAAAUAGAGAGAGAGAGAGAGAGAGUUUGAUUCAAUUAUAGGUUUCAUCACAAAUUUUAUGGCAAUUGCAGCUGCAGCUAGCAGUUCAUCCACGAUGAGCCACGAAGAAAUUAGCAGCUCCAACAACACCCACAACAAAAACAACAACAACGACGACAACAACGACAACUGCAGCGACGAUCAACACGAACACGACGUCGUUAUGCCAGGCUUCCGCUUCCACCCCACUGAAGAAGAACUCGUCGAGUUCUACCUUCGCCGUAAGGUCGAAGGCAAACGAUUUAAUGUCGAACUCAUUACUUUCCUUGAUCUAUAUCGCUACGACCCAUGGGAGCUUCCUGCCUUGGCUGCCAUUGGCGAGAAGGAGUGGUUCUUCUACGUCCCUCGAGAUCGCAAGUACCGAAACGGGGACCGCCCUAAUCGAGUUACGACCUCCGGUUACUGGAAGGCCACCGGGGCCGAUCGGAUGAUUCGAACCGAGGAUUUUCGGUCCAUCGGCCUUAAGAAAACCCUAGUUUUCUACUCCGGGAAGGCUCCAAAGGGUAUCCGUACGAGUUGGAUUAUGAAUGAGUAUCGGUUGCCACAUCAUGAGACCGAGCGGUAUCAAAAGACCGAGAUUUCGCUAUGUCGUGUUUACAAAAGAGCUGGCGUUGAAGAUCACCCGUCGCUCCCUCGUUCUCUCCCCUCGAGAGCGUCGUCGUCGUCUUCGAGUACAUCGGCGAUCGUUUCUUCGACGAAAUGGGUUCUGAAAUUGGCGAUGUGGGUGAUCUUCAGUGUAUGGAUGGUGGUUAUAUUUCUGUAUCCAUCUUCCUUCGCCUCUCACCUGUUUAGCGAAUGGUUUGGAGCCUCCGGACAAACCCUUUUUGGAAUCACAGGCGCCAUCUUCCUGACUUUCAGUGCGCCACUUCUGGCCAUCGCCAUCCUCGCCGCCGUAUAUCUCAUCAUCUCUCGCGACGACCACCCUUACGAGAGGAAGAAGAAGAAGAAGAAUGGGAAAGAGAAGCCGAGAUGGCGGCUCUGGACUUUGCCGGUGCUGGUGGAAGGGCCGUUGGAGGUAGUUACGGCGGCGGAGUUGGUUGGGAUUUUGGUGGUUUUGGGCUAUGUUUUCUGGGCUAUUUACAGCUACACCUUGCGAAUGCUGGCCACUGAUUUCUCUCGGAAUUUAACCUUCUUACAAAUAAGUUGUGAGGUGCUGGAAGUCAUGGGGUUAAGGCUUGGUUCAAUGGGAUUAUUCUGUUUAGGGUUUCUGUUUCUGCCAAUUUCGAGGGGUUCGGUCCUUCUGCGCCUUAUCGACAUUCCAUUCGAGCACGCCACUAGGUACCAUGUUUGGUUGGGUCAUCUCACUAUGCUCAUUUUUACUCUUCAUGGCUUAGCUUUUGUCAUUCAAUGGUUAAUCCAAGGUCGUUGCAUCGAGCAAUUGUUGGAGUGGAAAGACAUCGGCAUCGCGAAUCUUCCCGGAGUUAUUAGCCUUUUGGCAGGGCUGUUGAUGUGGAUUACCUCUCUUCCCAAACUCAGAACCAUCAACUUCGAAUUGUUCUUCUACACUCAUCAAUUAUACAUCGUGUUCGUCUUGUUCUUGGCCCUGCACGUCGGCGAUUUCGUCUUCAGCAUUGCUGCCGGGGGAAUCUUCAUCUUCAUGCUCGAUCGCUUCCUCAGAUUUAUUCAAUCCAGAAGAACCGUGGAUGUAAUUUCCGCCAAGGCGCUCCCCUGCGGAACGGUGGAAUUGAUUAUCUCGAAACCUAGAAGCCUGCGAUACAAUGCGCUGAGUUUCAUCUUCCUGCAAGUUCGAGAGCUGUCGCUGCUGCAAUGGCAUCCGUUCAGUGUGUCAUCGAGUCCAUUGGAAGGGGAGGAUCGGCUGGCGAUUCUGAUAAAAGUGCUUGGGAAAUGGACAGAGAAGCUGCGGGGAAAGAUCUUGAGUGAUAAAGCCAAAGAGAUUUCUUCUGAUAAGCAUCAAUCUGUAAUGACUGUUUCUGUUGAGGGACCUUAUGGCCAUGAAUCUCCAUAUCACUUGAUGUAUGAAAAUCUAAUAUUAGUAGCAGGGGGAAUUGGAAUUUCGCCGUUUCUAGCCAUCUUGAGUGACAUUCUCCAUCGUAUAAGAGAUGGGAAGCCAUGUUUACCAAAGAAGAUCUUGGUUGUUUGGGCAAUCAAAAACUCAUCUGAGCUUCCUCUUCUCUCAACCCUCAAUGUGGACUCCAUUUGUCCAUUCUUUGCAGAUAAACUCAACAUUGACAUCUCCAUCUACGUUACCAGACAGUCGCAACCACCACCGGAAGGUGAAAUCCAACCCUCAAAGGUGACUUCAAUAUGUCCACUGUCAAAGGGUUGCAACAUGUCUGUGUUGGUUGGAACUGGUGACAAUGUGUGGUCAGGGCUGUAUGUUAUUUCCUCAACAGUUGGCCUCGUGAUCUUAGUGAGUUUGAUGGACUUCUAUUACAUCAACCCUUUUAACAUCAAGAAAUGGUGGUACAAAGGCCUUCUCUUUUUUCUCUGCAUGGUUGCUAGCGUUGUCCUCUUUGGAGGCCUUGUGGUUUGUUUAUGGAGCCUUUGGGAAGAACACAUUUCAAGUAAAAGAACUACUCACAACAACGUUAAUGACAUUGAAAAAGUGGGUGAAGACAUCCCCAAAGACACUCUUGCACAAAAGGAUUUGAAUCCCAAGGCCUUUGCUAACUCCACCACGAUCGAAUAUGGAACCAGACCAAAUUUCGACGAAAUUGUUGAAUCGGUAGCAGAGAAUUGGGGGAAGGUAGACAUUGGUGUAUUGAUUUGUGGUCCUUCAACACUUCAAUCAAGCGUAGCAAGAGCAAUUAGAUCACAUAACAUGGUAAGACGACGCACUCAUCAUCCAAUCUUCCAUUUUCACAGCCAUAGUUUUGAUCUUUGAUGCGAAGUCUAGUUCAUGGGCAUCAUAUUAUGAUAUGAUCAAACUUUCUAUAUUCUUCGUCUUAAAUACGUUAAGAAAAUACCAUGUUUGUAAA